AUGGAUUUUGCACCGCAUUGGGCUACAAGUUGUAAAUGCAACGUAUGUGGAGAAAUACCUGACACUGCUCCUUUAUAUCAUUGCCCGUUGAAGCAUCAAUUUUGUUUGGUGUGUUACGAGGAGUUGAAGAGGAAUUACAAGGGUACCACUGCUGAAGGUUCAACAUGUCCUAGCUGUCAAUUUAACGGCAAGUUCGAGAGGAGUCGGAUCAACACUGAUUUUUUGAGGAAAUUGAAGAUUAAACCGGGAAUCGGGAGACCGUAUAGAUACAGUUCCAAAAUCGUACAGGCGGCGAAACAAAGAAACAAUUUCACCGCCACGACAGAACCUCAAAGCGAGGAAAAAAAUCACAAGCAUAGCUUCGGAGAACCGCAUAAUGUUACUGUUGAAGACUUAUUCCAACUACCUUCCAACCAAGUCCAGAGGCUGCUGCGAAAGAAAUCCUACAGAAACGUACAAGGAGAAACCGUCGAAGAGGAAGAAGAAUUCGAGGAAGAGGAAGAAGAUACUGCAGAGCCUCUACUGGAACCAAUAAGAAGCGAGACGUUUCUUUUAGCGCAAUCAAAGAAACCUUUGCAAUGCCCCCACUCUCACUGCAAUAAAACCAUAGCCGUCUCGGCGUUUGCAAACCACUUCCGCUACGAGCACAAGGAUAUCAAAACCAUAACAUCUGAAAGAGGCAAAGUAACAACUAUAUCAGUAGAUGCAGCAGCAAUAGAGAAAAUAGAGCACGGUGUUGAUGUGUGCGUCGCCAUGAUAACAAUAUACGAAAGAAACAAAAUAGACCUCACAAAAUCCAAGAGUUCCAGAAGCGUUCUAAGAACCUGUAAUAAAUUCCAACAAUCAGUCCCAGUGGACACCUUCUGGGUGAUGGUGUCAGGAUCUGAAGAAAGAAACGAACACCUCUCGUAUGUUUUCUACUGGGUCUUCACCAACACAGACGACUCUUAUAGGUGCACCAUAGAGUUAGCCUCGAAGAAGGACACCAUCAACGUCUCUACAUUUUGUUACGUCAAUAGUACCACCAAGGAGACCUUUUCGAAUCUUCCAGAAAAUGUCAACUGUCUCAUUUUGGGACACAACGUUUAUACUGCUCUUCUAAAAGAAGGUGUAGAUGUCAAAUUGAGGGUCACAAUACAUUAAAUGAAAUUUAGUGUUGUCAGGAUUAAAACUAUU